UUUCUCCUUUUUGAGUCUGUAUCUUCUGCUCCUCUUCCCGUGCCGUCUUGUCACGCUUUGAGAGGCAACUACCGGCGCCGCCGGCGAUAGAAGGGAAGCGGGCAGGAGAUGGGGAUUCGAUUUGUGUUGCUGGUGAACAAGCAGGGACAAACUCGUCUGGCUCAGUACUAUGAGUACUUGACUCUGGAAGAGCGCCGAGCUCUUGAAGGCGAGAUCGUCAGGAAAUGCCUUGCUCGCAACGAGCAGCAGUGUUCAUUUGUCGAGCAUCGUAAUUACAAGAUUGUGUAUAGACGCUAUGCUUCACUUUUUUUCCUGGUUGGGGUUGACAAUGAUGAGAACGAGCUCGCCAUUCUGGAAUUUAUUCAUCUUUUGGUGGAGACUAUGGAUCGACAUUUUGGAAAUGUGUGUGAACUAGAUAUCAUGUUCCAUCUGGAGAAGGCUCACUUCAUGCUGGAAGAAAUGGUCAUGAAUGGUUGCAUAGUUGAGACUAGCAAGAGCAAUAUUUUGAGUCCAAUUCAGCUUAUGGACAAAGGUUUUUAGUUUCAUCUCUUCCCUCUUUGUCCACAGGAAUUUGUUGUUCCAUUAUACUUUUUCUUAUCUGUUUAUUAUUCUUUUUUAAUCUUGAACAAGUUUUCCUUUCUUAAUGACUCAAAUGGUUUCUUAGGGUUUUUAAAUCUCAUUCUCCUGGUAAGAACUUGGCCUA